UACCGGAACUGGUUAAACAUUUACAAAUUUUCAAUAUGUCAGCCCCCAUUCGUCGCUCAUGAGCUUUUGAACAUUACGAUAUACAAAAGGAAAAUGCCGACAGAUACUCGAAGGAUUGGAGGUCCAGAGGAAUCGUUCAGUCCUUUGGCAUAUACCCCAACCGAUAGUACCAAAACUUUGUUGGUGUCUUCAAAUGGAAUUCGUAGUGAUGGAAGAAAAUGUGAGGAUCUCAGAAAAAUGUUUAUCAAAACAGGAGUAGUAAGCCAAGCCAGAGGCUCAGCUUACAUUGAACAAGGGGAGACAAAAAUAAUUUGUUCUGUAUAUGGUCCUAGAGAAGUUGUCAGGAAAGAAGAAUUCAGUAUGAAGGGACAACUUACUUGUGAAUUUAAAUAUGCCACUUUUUCGUGUAGCUACAGAAGACAACAUCAACAAGACAGUGAAGAGAAAGAUUUCUCUGUCCAGUUACUAGAGGCUUUAGAACCUGCUGUCUGUCUGCACAAGUUUCCCAAAGCUCAGGUUAACAUCUUUGUAGAAGUGUUACAGAAUGAUGGCUGUGCAUUAGCAGCUUCUAUAACUUGUGCAUCAAUGGCCUUAGCAGAUGCUGGAAUAGAGGUUUAUGAUUUGGUAAUAGGUUGUUCCAUGAAAAUUCAUGAAGACAAAGUUCUAACAGAUCCUACAGUCAAUGAAGAAUAUGACAGUCAGAAUAGUAAAGAACUAAAUCAUGGUAGUAUAACAAUAGGAUUUAUGCCUUCAUUAAAUCAGAUAUCUGCUAUAACAUCUAAAGGAGAAAUUCAGAUUGACUUUCUUAAAAGAGCAAUGUCAAGUUGUGUUGAAGCUUGUCAGAAGAUUUAUCCAGCAAUGCAGCAGACUUUACACACUUCUAUAAAAGACAAAUUAACUGCCAGUGAAAGAUGAUAAUCACCAUGUUUAAAACAUGUUUAUCAUUAAGACUUUUUAUGAAGCGGCACUUGUGUAGAAAACAAUUAUAAAGAAGAAUUGUUAUGUUGGAAAUAUCAUGGAAUACAUGACUAAGAAGAAUUUUUGUGUUGGAAAUAUCUUAUGGAAUACAAGACUGAAGAAGGAGCUAAUUGAUUUAGCUUUGCAGGAAUUAGAAACGAAAGUGUGGCUCCACUCUCAAAUGUCACAUUUGUCUUGUUUUCAUCCAAGUUAUUACAAUGUCUUCAUUCUAUUAUAUGGUGAAUUAGGUUUCAAGCAUGUUCAGCUAAGUUGUAGCUAAAUUUAGUCAUUUUUCUAAAUAAAAUUAUGUAGACUGUUAUUAAA